ACACCAUGCGUUUUGGCGGGUCCGGUUAAACUGGAUGCGUUUUGACCGGAUGGCUUUGACCAUGUCACAUCUAUGCGUUUUUGUUCUUAAAAAUGUUCCCGCCGCUGCAUUCAAAGUUCCAAAUGUCACCGCUAGUCUUCAAAUUUGUAAUCAACAAUAUUUUGCUAUUGCAUCACAUUCAACGUCCCUACGCUCUUUGAUGAUUAAAAAAAUGAAUCGUAAAAAGAUUAAAGUUGUUGCUGUAGCUGAAGCAUUAGGCUUAUUAGAUCCACCGAAAGUACAAAGAAGGUAUUGGGUACACCCACUAAAUAUGGAUCGUGAGAAAAUUGGCCAGUUUAGGACAUUUUUUGAAAAUAUUAGACAAUAUCCUGACAAAUUCUUUGAGUAUUACCGUAUGUCUAUCUCCAGCUUUGAUGAAUUGCUAAAAACACUGCGGCCACAUAUAACAAAAAGUACAACAGAAUUUCGUAAUCCGAUAUCUGCUGAAGAACGUCUUACCGUGUUUCUUAGAUAUUUAUCAACUGGUACAUGCUUCUCCGCAUUAAAAUUUGAUUUUUGUGUGGGAAGAAGUACGAUUGGAGUGAUUGUAAAGGACACAUGUAAAGUGAUAUGGUUAACAUUGAAUUCAAAAGAGAUGCCUAAACCGACCACUGAAGAUUGGGUGGAAAUAUCAAAUAUAUUUUAUACGAAAACUAAUUUUCCAAAUUGUCUAGGAGCAAUAGACGGAAAACAUAUAAGGUGUAAAAAUCCUAAUGACUCCGGUUCAUUAUAUUUUAAUUAUAAAAAGUAUUUCUCAAUCGUUUUUAUGGCAGUAGUGGACGCCAAUUUAAAUUUUGUUGUAAUCGAUGUGGGUUCAUAUGGUCGUGAAGGGGACUCUAAUGUGUUCAAGGAGUGCGCUUUUGGUAAACAAUUAUAUGAAGACAAAUUGAACAUACCAGAACCAGUUGUUUUACCAAAUACAAGUGCCAAUCCACAACCGUAUGUAUUUAUUGGAGAUGAAGCGUUUGCUUUACAUAAAAAUUUACUUAGGCCAUACCCUGGACGUAAACUUACUGAUUCCCGAAGAGUGUUCAACUAUCGAUUAUCCAGAGCAAGGCGCACAGUUGAAUGUGCAUUUGGAGUACUCGCGAAUAAAUGGCGUGUUUUACAUACGGCUAUCCAGGUCGAACCAGAUUUUACCGACGAUAUAAUAAAAGCGUGUUGCAUAUUGCAUAACUUCGUUCGUAAAAGAGAUGGCAUAAAUUAUGAAGAUUCUCAAACGCACAACUUUGAAGAUAUUGAGGCUCGUGGAACAGGAACUCGAUCGGACGGAGUUGAAGUAAGGGAUUACUUUGCGAACUACUUUAUGGGCCCAGGAGCAGUUGAUUUUCAAUAUGAUAUGAUUUAAAUUUUAAAAUAAAUAUGUUAGUUUAAGAAAAAAAUUAU